AUGUGUCCAGACAAAGACAAGUUCAAAUGUCGCUCCAAAACCUCGGAUGAUUGUCAGCUAGAAUCCAGACUCUGGGAGAGUUGCCCGAUCUUGUGUGGAGUUUGCGAACCUUCCCCACCUCCAAGUUUUGUUUCUGAGUUCGGAUGCACCUACGUCGGAAAGAGGCCAACGUCAGCAAAAUGUCGGAAGAUGGGCAACAGAGGUUUGGAUUCAUCCAUUUGCGCCUCAGAGGGGGGCAAGUCUGGUUGUGCCGAAUGUGUGACCAUCGGGGAGACGUGUCCUGUCAUGUGUGGACUCUGUGACGCACCGUGCAGGGGUAAGAGGUGCCUCAAUGGGGGGAGUCUGAACCCCUCAGCCUGUGUAUGCCAGUGUCCGAGUCAUUACCAAGGCGAUAUCUGCCAGGACUUAUCAUGCCCAAAGAAAGAUUUCUGGAAGUGUGGUAAGGAGCCAUACCUAGAAUCUAGGUGUGGCUCAGACCCCAAAACGGUCUCAAAGUGUCCUUACCUGUGUGGCCUAUGUCCAGUGAGAACCAGAUGACUCCUGAAAGAGGCCUUGUGACAGAUCUGACGAUACGAAAUGUCUCCAUAUGAUGGGAUUCUUUGAAAACUUAGAAACGUUAUCUAGAUUUUGAAUGUAAAGGAAUACCGCCACCAUCGACAGCUUCGGACACUCAAGCUUGACUUUUCUUAACGUCAUGCAAAAUUAUUUCUUAGUUUGAACCCUUCUUGAGUACCACAAAGAAAUUUGGGGGUUGUUUUUAUUUUCAUACCCUUUAACUGUGACAGCAGUAAGCAGAUAUGAUUUUCAAAUAUCUUAAGAAACGUUAUCUAUCUGAAUAAAUUGAAGGCUAUAGUAGUUGAGAAUUUAGUGUACUAACGGAUUAGAAGAAUAGAGGAACCGUGCUUUCUUCAUUUCUAUAGAACGUUAAACAGUGAGGUUACUCCCAAUUAAAUAAUCCGUUAAAUAUGACAGAAAGUCUGUUCUAUGAGUGAUGCAACAACGCAUUCUGUUAUUGCAGCAGAUUAUUUUGUUAAAUAUAAUACAAAUAUUCUUUUAAUCAAAAUAAAGAUUGAAUUAGAGUAACAGGAUGUUAUAUAUGUUAUAACAUUAUAAUAAGAGAAUAUAUUCUAUAGCAUCGCUCAAGACAACAGAUUUUCUAUUACCAUUAACUUAUUAGUUUUGGAGUGUAUAUCCUGUAUAUAUCUGGUUAUGGGAAUAAAUAAACAG